CUCCAACAAGCUAUAUCCAAUACUUCAAUAAUGCCAACAAAAAUAAAGAAAACGAGAGAUGGUCUAGAAAUUGAAGUCCCAGCCGGCACCUGGCCUCUCUCUCCUCAACCUCCUAUUUUUGUCACUUCCGUUCUUGUUUCCCGGCGUUUCAUGGAGACUAAUUAAGCUAAGCCAAACUGUUGGACCCAUUCCUUCCUUGAAAACCGCAUCACCUUCAGGUUUCUGCACCACCAAGAACCCAUUCUUUGCCCCGCCAUUGUCCAGCACCGAGAGCUCUAGAUCCUUGGUUGCAAUUGCGUCGCGGUGCCGUUGAUCGAGCCGCGCGUGCAUGUGUACGUGAGCGCGCACGACGCAGGCUAGCGCGCGUCCACGCCGUCGCGCCGUGUCCCGCCGGCGAUGGGGUGCGCAACCUCCGUCGAGGCGCGGCGCGACAUGGUCUGGGUCGGCGCCGAACCCCGGGCGCGCCGGAGCUUCUCGCUGCCCUCCGUCGACCGGCAGCGGCUGCGGUCGAGGGCCGUGUCGGUGCUGGGCACCCUCGGCCUCGCCGGCAGCGCCCGGUACUCCGGCUCGUACAAGUACGCGACCCUCUCGGUGGAGGAGAUGAUGAAGGGCGCCAAUGACCGCGCGAAGGACGAGGCGCUCCCCGGCGAGGGCGAGGCGAAGCGGCUCGCGAAGCCCCGGACGCCGACGCUGACGCCGCCCAACGAGCCCGAGGUUAUCAACGCGUGGGAGCUGAUGGCAGGGCUCGAGGACGAUGCCGCGCCGACGCCGCGCGCCGUGCACCAGAGCUUGUCAUUCGACGAGUCGCUGCACGGGUGCGUCGUGGCGGAGCCGCCGCAGCCGCAGUGGAUGCAGGCUGACAUGGACAUGGCGCCCGUCGCCUUGGACUUUGAUCCGGAGAUACUGUCCGGAUUCCGGGAGGCUCUAGAGGACACGCCGCCGUCGCAGCCUACAGUUGUCUCAUCCGCGGAGGACGAGACACCAAGGCAGCAGAAGUGCCUUGACACGCCAGUGUCGCCGGCCACCGGCGACAUGCCGGAGCUUUCCGGCAUCGUCCGUGCCCGCAUCAACGCGUUCCAAGAGAAGAUCGAACGGCGGCGAAGCAAGGGCCGCGACGCGAAGGUGUCGCCCCUGUGGCCGCCGGGAGGCGAGCGGAAGGCGGUGGUGUACUUCACGAGCCUCCGCGGCGUGCGCAAGACGUUCGUGGACUGCUGCGCCGUGCGCAGCAUCCUGCGCAGCUACGGCGUGCGCGUGGACGAGCGCGACGUCUCCAUGCACGCCGGCUUCAAGGCCGAGCUCGCGGAGCUCCUCGGCCAGGGAUUCACCGGCGCCACGCUGCCGCGGGUGUUCGUCGACGGGCAGUACAUCGGCGGCGCCGAGGACGUGCAGUACCUGCACGAGGCGGGUGAGCUCGGGAGCGCCCUGGACGGGUGCGAGGCCGCGCCCCAGCGUAAGCUCGGGUACAUGGAGGCAUGCGCCACCUGCGGCGACGUCCGGUUCGUGCCGUGCGAGACGUGCUACGGCAGCUGCAAGAUCUUCGUCGAGGAUGACGACACCGGCGACAUGUAUCGCGACGUCGGCGAGUUCCGGCGGUGCCCCGACUGCAAUGAGAACGGCCUUGUCAGAUGCGCCGUCUGUUGCUGCUGAUGCUUGUACGGCGUCUGCUGUGGUAGAUUAGUUGUUUAAAUUUUUUUUGAAAGGGGAUUA